UCACACACACACACUCACACACACACACACACACACACACACACACACACACGCUGUGCAGACAUGGGCCUGCUGGAUAUUUUGUCCUCCAUCAAAGACCGAGCAGAAAAGUUUCUGAAUGAGAAAAACGUGGUGACCGACGUCCUGGGGAAGGUGGAGGAGAAAACUGGAGUCAAGAAGAAAAUCAUCGCCUUUGGUGCCGUGUCGCUGACGGGGCUCUACCUGGUGUACGGAUAUGGUGCUGCUCUGCUCUGCAACCUGAUUGGUUUUGUGUAUCCGGCGUAUUACUCAAUCAAAGCCAUUGAAAGUGUCAACAAAGAGGAUGACACCAAAUGGCUGACGUACUGGGUGGUGUACGGCGUCUUCAGCCUAGGCGAGUUCUUCUCAGACAUUUUCCUCUACUGGUUCCCCUUCUACUACGCAGCCAAGUGUCUCUUCCUGCUCUGGUGCAUGGCCCCGGUGUCGUGGAACGGCUCCCAGGUCAUCUACACCCGGCUGGUUCGGCCCAUCUUCCUCCGCCACGAGGCCACGGUGGACGGCCUGGUCAACAACCUGAGCGGCACGGCCAUGAGCGCCGCUGAGUCGCUCACCAGGGAAGUCCUCAGUACUCUAAUAAAGAACAGGCCCCUCGUGUCGUCUUCUGUUGCUCCGGUCUCUCAGGCUGAAGCUAAAAGUUUACCGAGUGCAGCUCCGGCCUCAUCAGCAGGUCCAUCGCAGGCCGACGAGGAGCGACCACCCUUCCUAGGUUAACCAGGCUGGACGAGCUCGGUGUAGACUAAAAACACAAGCGCUCUGCAGGUAGCAGCUGGGAAGGAGAAGCCUCAGUGAGGAAGAGGAGGAGGAGGAGGAGUAGGAGCGCGGGUCCCAGGUCUUCCUCUUCAUCCUGAUGGAGCCGAGCCGAUCGUUUCAUUCCCACGACUGAAGACCUUCUGAACCUAGGAUUUUAUUUAUUUAUUGAUUGAUUGAUUGAUUUUCUAAAUGAGGCAUAUUGUUAUAUUUGUAUCAGGCUGUUGCAGGUUUUCUCAGUUGGUCUUUGAGGUUAAAACUGUCAAACAGACUCUACAUCUUCAUCCUGGUCCACAGGAAGUUCUGCAUUUCUGUCUUUUUGAAAUUUUCUAAUGUUCAAUGUGAAAUUUCAUCAGUAAUUUGGUGAUGAACGGAUGGUGAUGAUGUAACGGCACAGAGGAAUUAUGGGUUAUGUAGUUUUAUGAUUUCUGUGAAAACAACGAAAAGGAUGUUAAAGCCCCGUUGGCAGAUCACACCUUCACUCUCAGGUACUUCUUUAAAAAAGGCGGCGGCCUGACAAACAGAGGCGUGUGGCCGCUGGGCUGCAGGGAGCUGCAUCCAAACAGGCCAGCAGGGGGCGCCGCGCUGCAGCUGCUGCCACCAAGCUAACACAUUCAGCAGUCCUGAUAAGUGGCAUUGUUUGUUUGAUGGUUUGAGGUUUUUUUUUUAUGAAUGCCGCUUCACAGAUGUUGCUGAACACCAUUACAUAACUACAUUAUUUUAAUAGUAAUUUAAUACGUUAAAGAAAAAAAAAACUUGAAUUUCUUAUUCAUUGAUAUUCUUAAUUUCUGUUAUUUUUUGUUUCAUUACUGGAAAAAGGUGAUUAUAGAUGAAGCUAAAUAUAAACCUAAAACCUCA